AUGGGAUCAGCCGAGGCAAACGUUCGAAUUGUGCUUGCAACCUGCGGUUUUCUUGGCACGUUGUUAAAUAUAUUUGUGUUUUAUACCUUAUUCCAAGUUAAAAUUGGAUCUCUUCUAACGAAUACGCUGCUCAAAUUCCAAUGCGUCUUUGACGCUUUUGCUUGUUUCGUCACAUUCCUGUACAAGCUUAUCGGGCCGGAAAUUGUGACUGGCGUGGAACAUGUGGACAGGUUUUUCUGUUAUCUGUGGUAUUCGGAUAACUUGAUUUGGCUCGGAAUCAGUUUGUCUGUGUGUAAUAUUGUCUGUGCGUCUCUCGAUCGCGCGGUUGCAGUGUUUCUGCCACUUGUUUACAAAAAGCGUCAAAUUUUCCUAGUCUGUUUUGCUUGUGCAUACCAAAUUCCUGCGGCCACAAUAUUAUUCAUUCCUAAUUUGUUUAGUCGAGACUAUAUCUCCGGCCGAUGCAAAUUCGGGAUCUCUGUUGAAAGUGUCGUUAUUCGCCAGUACAUAGUUGCUGAAAAAUAUACGUGGUUGAUCGUGGUUUAUGUGAUCCCGUUAGCGGUAAUCAUAUCUACACACACUGCCGUUAUCGUGUACAUGUCAAGUCACUGGAACUUGGGCAAACUGCCAGCAAAACAGGAAAUGACAAGUAAAGAGGAAGAACAAUGGAGAAUGCGUAGACACAUGCGGGAGAUUGCUUUGACAACAGUGAUGAUGGCUGGCACGUUACUUGUUUGUCACGCAUACGAUGCGAUUACCUAUGUGCUUGAUUCCGUUGGUGCAUACCAAUAUGUGAUCCUCUCACUUGCUCAACAAACUGGACUCAUUCCGAUUGUUCUUUCCAGUUGCAUUUUACCGUGCAUAACUGUGACACGAAUCAAAACGCUCCGACGUUACGUCAUUUACGAUCUGAUACCGAUUUUGUUUGCGAAAUUCGGAUUGGAAGACAAACCAAUAGAGGCACCUCAAUAA